AUGAGUAUUUCAUUGUCUGAUGUGAAAUUAUUCAUAAUAAAGAAUAAGGAACCACUUUUAAUAAAUAUCUCAUAAAGCCAAGAAUCUAUUUUUCAUCUCGAAACAAUAGCAGGUACUAUUUAUUUAUAAUUAAGAGUAAUCUCCAAUUAAUAUUCAUUUACCUUUAAUAGAUUCAAAGAAUUCAAUAAUAAUAAAUGUCAAUGAUAAAAUUGCAAAAUUUGAUCCUAACUAAUUAGAUAACUUCCAAUAAUAUAAGUUACUACUUAAAAAUGGAUAUUUGAUAGAAGGAAAGAUUACAUCAAAUGAUGAUUAUGCUUUAACUUUUAAGGUUAGACAUAUUACAAAUCCAAUAACAAAUAAUUCUUCAAUGUUAUCAAAUUCUCAAUCAGUUAAAAACAAACUAUAUUCAAUAGAAAGAGGAACAUCUGAAUAUUAAUCUGCUUCUUCUUUAAGACAUAGUAUACCAGAAGUAUCAUUUAGUUAAGCUUAAAGGUUAUGAAAUUAAAACUUAUGAUAGGUUUGCAAGAGAAUCACUUAAUACAACUGAAUAUAAUUAUAAUUUACCUGGUUCUAUUGGUAGUGGAAGAAAAACUAGUUUUGGUUAUGGAUCUAAAUAAAUUUCACAUGGAUAUGUUUAAAGAAAUGCAGAAUAAAAUCCAUCCCCAAAUGCAUAUUUCUUAGGAAACUCAAAUUUGUUUCAUAAAUAAAAUAAAACCAAUUUACCUUAAGAUGAUAGAUGGAAGAAUUCAAAUACUAUAACCUUACCUGGUCCAGCUUCUUAUGAAACAUCAAAUACAAUAGGAAUUGAUAAAGUAUUAUUUAUUAGAAAUUACAUUAUAGCCUUCAGCAACAAUUGGGAUUAGAUUUAAACCUAUAACUAGCUUUAAGGAUUGUGUACCUGCUCCUAAUUCAUAUGAAAUUAAUAAUAAACUUAUUGAGCAAUCUAGGUUUAAUAACAUAUCUUUUGGGUAUGGAUAAAAAUUAGAUUUUACAAAAAAUAAUCAAACUCCAGGACCAGGAGCUUAUGAUCAUUAAUCUGUCUUUAAAAGAAAUACAAAAUAAAUUUUUAAGAAUAUUAACUAAAAUUAGUAUAAUGAUUGA